CAUCUUUCUUCUCUCUUAAACAACAACAAGAACAACAACCCAGGACCCUUUUCUCUCUCUCGCAUGCGCGUGAUUCGUUUUUAGGUUGUUUAUUACCCUUUUGAUUGAUUAAAAGGUCGGUGGAAUUGAGGUUAUAGAUUGAUUGAUUGAUCGAUCGAUCGAUCGAUGGAGGUUUAUGGAUACCCAUCUCGUCCACGCCCAUCUAAUUCGUCUUCAGAUUCUUCCUUUUCCUUAUGUGAUUUGGUUGAUAGAGCUAAAGCAUCCUUCAAAUUCGCUGUUUCCGCUAUUCUUGGGAAUGUCUUCUCCGCGAUCUUCACAUUCUUCUUCGCAUUAGUGGGUACUUUAUUAGGAGCCAUGACUGGAGCUUUAAUAGGGCAAGAAACAGAGAGCGGGUUUGUAAGAGGGGCAGCUGUCGGAGCCAUCUCCGGAGCUGUUUUCUCGAUCGAGGUUUUCGAAUCUUCACUUGUUCUUUGGCAAUCAGAUGAAUCUGGAAUUGGGUGUUUGCUCUACCUGAUUGAUGUAAUUGUAAGCCUUCUAAGUGGAAGACUUGUUCGAGAACGAAUUGGUCCAGCCAUGUUAAGUGCAGUUCAAAGUCAAAUGGGAGCUGUUGAGCCAAGCUAUGAAGAAAUCCCAAACAUAUUCGACACUGGAGGCGGUGCAAAAGGAUUGGCAGGAGAUUUAGUUGAAAAGAUCCCGAAAAUCACAAUAGCAAAUUGUAACAUUGCCAUGGAUGCAUCUGGAGAAAGAACGUCUUGUUCAGUUUGCCUUCAGGAUUUUCAGGUUGGAGAAACAGUAAGAUGUUUGCCUCAUUGUCAUCAUAUGUUUCAUCUUCCAUGCAUUGAUAACUGGCUCAUUCGACAUGCUUCUUGUCCCUUAUGCAGAAGGGAUAUGUAAUAAUCUCAACUGUUUUCUACCAUGUAAAUUACAUCUUUACUACUAUUUGUGUUUAUUAUUAUUACUAUUAACACAACCACACCCACUCCUCUCUUGAGGGCAGUGCCAUUUUUCAGUCUUAUGUAAAUCAUCACUUUAGUUUCUCUAAUAUUAUGUAUUAGAUCAUGAGACUAGUGCUUUGUUUCUGUAUAAAGGAAAAUUUUGUCUUU